UAAAAUAUUUUGCCAAUUAGGUAAAAUUGCAGUAAAAGUUGAGAAAACUCGUAAUAUAACAAGCAUUAUGUCGAGUAAAGUGUAAAGUGAAGCUAUAAAGUGCAGAAUUUUCCAAACUGCCAAAAUGGCAAGCGAUUACAGUGCCGGCCAAUUUGUUGCUACAAACACUUGUCCAAACACAGCAAGUUCGUCUCGUUGGUUGACCGAGGAAGUCUUCAAACUGAUCGAUAUUGUGCAAGUCGAUGAAGCUAUAUAUAAUCCACGCAACAAGUACUAUUUCUGCAGACCCUACGUCGAGAACUUCUGGCGUGAAGUAGAUCAGAAGCUUGAAAAGAAUCCAGGCGCUAGUUUGGCCAAAUGGACAAAUUUGCGCAUUUCAUUUCGACGCGAGUACACAAACUAUUUGGAAGAGAAAGUGCCGCCCUGCUGGUCCUAUUUCGAUCGCAUGUUCUUCUUGCAUCCCUACUUACGCAAGAAGCACCAGCAGCCAAAGUCGCUUGACACUCAGGUGCAAGAUGCGCUUGCUCAUCUGUCCAGUCUUUCCAAUCGCAUGCAGCGUGAGCGCGUCGUUAGCACAUGUACGGGAGCCAACAUGAAUGCAGCGGCUCAGGUAAACGCUAGCAAUGCCAUGCCAUCGGCGCAACUUUCGCCAGCGCCGCAGCAGCUAGACAACUAUUUGGACUACUUCGAUGAGCCAGAGCCCAAUCAUGCGGAGCUGGAGGAGAUUAUCGAUAGAGAGCAGCGUGUGCGUUUCCAAAACCAUACCAUAGAUAGCAACGACAUCAAGUCUGAAUGUGAAGACCCAGUUGAUGAUUACGAAACAGAGCCUGAUGUGGAGCCACAUCACCAUCAUGCGCCGCACGAGGACGAUGACACUGAGGAGCACGAAUUGCGGCCAAUGCCAUAUGAGGUAACAGCAACGGCACCCAGCUCCACCUCAACCGCAACAUCUGCGGCUUCUGCAUCUGAAAAGCGUUUUACGCCACAACAUCAACAGCAGCUCGCCGGCAAUAGAUUGCAACAUGCGCAUCGCUUACAGAUGCGUGGCGGUGUAUAUGACGAUGCUCGUGGUAUGCGUUCCCGUUCACAGGAACUGCAAGGCGCCGCUGCUGCUGCUGCGGCAGUAGCGGCUGCCGCUAGCGCUGCCAACUUGCAGCCACAUCCAAAUAUAUCCUUUGUACGGCCAACUUUCAGCAGCAAGACCGUUGAUAUGGUUAGCACCACAACACACAGUGGCGGCGCUGUGGCCACCACCAAUGAGCCGGAGUAUCCUGCUUCAUCCAGUCUGUCAGCGGCAACGCCCAGCAGCGCCUAUUUGAAUCAACGUCACUUGUCGCACGCCCAUCACGCGCAUCAUCAGGCAACGUUGGCGCAACGCUUGGAGACCAAUAAUCCACCAAGUGCAGUCGGGACAGCGGCGGGUGUGGAUCUCUGCGAUUGCAAAACCGAUUCGGAUGCCAUGUUUCUGAUGAGCCUCUUGCCCGAUAUACAAAAGCUAAAUGGACGCGAUCGUGGCAAAAUCAAAAUUGCAUUUCAAAACAUACUGCAGGAUUAUUUAUAUCCCGAUUAGAGUUAAGGCGACUUAAAGUCACAUCCGCUGCUAGUUAAGAUCUCUCAGCUUUUUAUUCUGUGUAUACAAUUUAGCUUAUAGCAUGCACCAGUCGAUGUCCGACAUUUGUAUUUUAAAUUUAAAUGUUAUGUAAACGGCUCAGCCGUAUAAUUGGUUAAAUUUCCUUCAUAAUAAUUCCUUAAAGCUUUGCUGUGCAAGAACAGAG